AUGGGGGAGAAUUCAAGAUGGGGGUGCCAGGAGGAUACUGUGUCUGAGGAGCAAUACAGCAAUGUCGUGCAGGUUUUGCAUGUGGUGCAUUGCCCGGGAAACCGAUGCGGCCCUUCCCCGACCCUCACCAGACCGGGUUCGGAGGUCAGGUUGAAACAGCCCACUUGGGAUGAUUGCCAACAGCUUUUACAGACACUCUUGACUACUGAGGAGAGGGAACGAGUUCUUCUAGAAGCAAGGAAGAAUGUCCCGGGGGCGGAUGGAAGGCCUACAGUUCUCCGAGAUGAGAUUAAUAACGGGUUUCUCCUCUCUCGUCCUGAUUGGGAUUACAAUACACCAGAGGGUAGGCAGCACUUGAAGGUUUAUCGCCAGAUUCUAAUGGCGGGUCUCCGUGGGGCUGCUCGAAGACCCACCAAUUUGACUAAGGUAAGAGAAGUGGUCCAGGGGCCGGAGGAAUCUCCUGCAGCCUACUUAGAACGGCUGAUGGAUGCGUUUCGCCGGUUUACUCCCUAUGACCCUGCUUCAGAUGAGCACAGGGCAACUGAAGCUGUAUCUUUCAUAGAUCAGUCAGCUAAGGAUAUUCGUAGGAAACUUCAGAAAUUAGAAGGUCUGCAGGAUAAGUCGUUGAAGGAUUUAGUGCAAGUAGCAGAGAAAGUCUUCUAUAGUCGAGAAACAGAAGAAGAAAAAGAAGAAAGGAAACAGAAAGAACAGGAGAAGAGAGAGAGAGAGAGAGACAAGAGGCAGGAUAAAAAAUUGACUAAGAUUCUGGCCACCAUAGUUCAGGAAAGUCAUACUGAAAGGGAGAGAGUUCCUGGCAACCGUAAGGGCCCUUUGUCUAAGGACCAGUGUGCCUUCUGCAAGGAGAUGGGACACUGGAGGAGGGAUUGCCCCAAAAGGAAGAAGAAGCAGCUGAAUUCUCGAGCCACUGGGACCAGGGUCCUGACCUUAAACAAUGACAGCGAUUAGGGAGGACUGGGUUCGGUUCCCCUCCCCGAACCCAGGGUAACCCUCAAGGCGGAGGGGAAGCCAGUCCAUUUUCUAGUGGAUACUGGCGCUCAGCAUUCAGUUCUGUUGCAAGACUCAGGGGCUAAGAAAGAAAAAAAAUCAUGGGUUCAAGGGGACACUGGAUGUAAGCAAUAUACAUGGACUACCCGAAGAACAGUGGACCUUGGAGUGGGCCAGGUAUCCCGCUCGUUCUUAGUCAUGCCUGACUGCCCAUACCCAUUGCUGGGACAGGAUAUCCUGACCAAAAUAGGAGCCCACAUCUAUUUUAACCCAGAAGGCCCACAGGUUACAGAUAGAAGAGGGGAUCCUAUUCACGUGCUUACAAUUCACUUGGAAGAUGAAUACCGGCUAUUUGAAAAUUUAAAAGAGGGGGAAAAAGACAUUGACUGGUGGGUAAAAAAAUACCCUGAGGCCUGGGCUGAAACAGCUGGCUUAGGGAAAGCGAGAAAGCAACCGCCAGUCCAGAUAGAGCUAAAACCUCAGGCAGCCCCAGUUGCAGUACGGCAGUAUCCAAUGUCUAAGGAAGCCCAUGAUGGGAUUCGCCCUCAUAUACAGCGACGCCUUGACGUAGGGGUUUUGAAAAGGUGUCAAUCUGCUUGGAAUACUCCAUUACUGCCAGUCCGGAAGCCUGGGAGCAACGAUUAUCGGCCUGUGCAAGACCUGAGGGAAGUUAACAAACAGGUUAUGGACUUACAUCCAACAGUCCCCAACCCGUAUAACCUGCUGAGCUCCCUUCCCUCUGACAGAGCCUGGUAUACUGUUCUAGACCUUAAAGAUGCAUUCUUUUGUCUUCAACUUAGCCCUGCCAGCCAAGACAUUUUCGCUUUUGAAUGGAAAGAUCCCGACUCCGGGGUCUCCUGCCAACUAACAUGGACUCGACUUCCCCAAGGAUUUAAGAAUUCUCCUACCAUAUUUGAUGAAGCCCUGCACCGAGACCUGGCACACUUCCGGGCCACAAAUACUCAGGUAACUCUUCUCCAGUACGUGGAUGACAUCUUACUAGCUGCAGAUUGUCAGAAAACCUGUCUCAAAGCCACCGGCCAACUGUUACAAGAAUUGGGCGAACUCGGCUAUAGAGCAUCAGCAAAGAAGGCCCAGAUAUGCCGGAAACAGGUCAGUUACCUGGGGUAUAUACUAAAGGAAGGAAAACGAUGGUUAUCGGAGGCUAGAAAAGAGACUGUGUUUCAUAUUCCCCCUCCACGAACUACAAAACAACUAAGGGAAUUUCUUGGUACAGCGGGGUUUUGCCGAUUAUGGAUUCCUGGGUUCGCUGAAAUGGCAGCCCCUCUGUAUGCCCUUACAAAGGGCAAUGCCUCUUUUUCCUGGGGAGAAGAUGAACAGGCUGCAUUUGAUAAUAUUAAACAGGCUUUAAUGUCAGCUCCAGCCUUGGGACUUCCUGAUGUCACUAAACCUUUUCAUCUCUAUGUGGCCGAGAACCAGGGAAUGGCUAAAGGGGUGUUAACUCAAAAGAUUGGACCCUGGAAGAGACCGAUAGCUUAUCUAUCUAAAAAGCUUGAUCCAGUAGCAGCAGGAUGGCCUUCGGAUAAUAGCAGCAGUCGCCGCAUUGGUAAAGGAUGCUGA